AUUAUUCUUAUAACAACAAUAUAAGCUCGGUACCCAAUACUAUCUUAUCAGUUUGAUUGCGACAUUUCAGACUGGCAGCUUCUGAUGUAGUGAUUCUGUAUUGGGAACCAGUUCGAAAUGGCCCUCUCGAAAAGCCAUCGCGUACUCUGUAAUACCGUCAAUUAUUUUAGGAAAGAAUCGGCCAUAGUGAGAUUUCUUCAUAAAACUUUGCAGUGCAAAAAGUGUUUAACUCCAGAAACAGUUAACCCAAAUUUCAGAGGACUUGAAUAUGCUAUAACCGGACCUCUUCUACAGAAAGCUAUCGAGAUAGAAAGGGAAAUUUCACAGGGACACAAAAAAAAAUUCGAAAAUGUGAUGCGUUUGAAUAUAGGAGAUGCCCAAUCUCUCGGUCAACCUCCGAUAACUUUUCUCCGUCAGGUUUUGACCCUGGUAACUUAUCCAGAUUUGAUGAACGAUAAAACAUUUCCUGAAGAUGCCAAACUAAGAGCUAGAAAUAUUUUAGAGAAAUGUCCAGGUGGUUCAGCUGGUUCCUAUUCAGAUGCAUGUGGAAUGGAAAUUAUACGAAGACAAAUAGCGAAGUACAUAGAAAAAAGAGAUAACGUAGCUAGUCACUGGAGAAAUUGCAUGAUGGGUCAAGGAGCGGCUGACAUGGCAAAGAAGUUUCUGACUAUACUGCAAUUAAGUAAAGAUGGAUUAGAGACAGGUAUUUUAAAUCCAGUACCAGAAUAUCCGUUCUAUUCCUCAACAAUCGCUGAGUUAGGAUUGAAACGAAUAGAUUAUUUUUCAGACGAAGAUAACCAAUGGAAUGUAAAUAUAAAUGAACUUCAGAGAGCCAUAGAUGAAGCUAAAUCCAGGUGUAAUCCUAGAGCUAUUAUUGUGAUCAAUCCAGGGAACCCUACUAGUCAUGUAUUAACUAAAGAAAAUAUGGAAGAAAUAGUCAAAUUUGCUUUCAGGGAGAAUCUUAUAAUUAUCGCAGAUGAAGUUUAUCAAAAUAACGUAAUCAAAGAUGAUUGUGAUUUCAUUUCUUUCAAAAGGAUAUUAAAUGAUAUGGGAAAGCCUUAUAGUGACAUGGAACUAGUCAGUCUUAUGUCUGUGUCAAAAGGUGUUUUUGCAGAAAGUGGAAGUAAAUGUGGAUACGCUGAAGUGAUAAAUCUAGAUCCAGAAAUUCCACCAAUGUUUGUCAAGUCUUUGAGCGCUUCGUUGUGUCCUUCUGUUUUAGCACAGACAACUGUAUAUAGUUUAGUGAAUCCACCCAACCCUAAUGAACCGAGUUAUGAGCAGUUUGAACAUGAGAAAAAUUCUAUUAUUGGUGGUUUGAAGAUGAGUGCUUCUAUCGUUGAAGAGUCGAUACAUUCUUUGGAGGGAAUGAGCUGUAACCCAAUAGAAGGUGCGAUUUUUUUCUAUCCACGUAUAAGGUUACCUCAAGGUGCAAUCGAGAAAGCAGAGAGGAUGAAGUUAUCACCUGAUGAGUUUUACGCUAUGGAAUUAUUGCAAGAAACAGGGAUCUGUGUGGUGCCAGGUUCUGGAUUCAAACAAAAACCGGGUACUUAUCACAUUCGUAUGACCCUACUUUCUGAUCCUAAUAUGGUUCACAAAAUCAUGGAAAGAUUCAAGAAGUUCCAUUUCAAGUUUAUGAAAGGUUUUUCCCCAUAACGAAAUAAUUCUGAUCAAUUGUUUGAAACUUAAUUGAGUAAUACCCGUCAGGCCUCACCUAGAUACCUUAUAUUUAAUGAAUGUAUGUACAUGUUUAUUUUGUAUAUCCCAAUUCUCCUCCUGUAUAGUGGUUAUUGUGUUCCGUAUUUUAAUACUCAUUUUUGAAAUAAAUAUUCCAAAUUCAUUAAAGAAUUAUCAUUUUAA